AUGUCCUCCUACUCCCGAAGCUCCGCCGCCUCCCCUUCCCUCGGGUCGGAGGGGAAGAAGAAGAACCCGAUGGCUCUGACUGCCCUUGAGGUCAUCAACAUGUUUCGAACUCUCGAUCUCAACGGGGAUGGUGAGAUUACGCACGCGGAAUUCAUCAAGGGGCUGAAGAGAAACCCUACCAUCGGAGAGAAGCUCGGGAUGCCGAGCGAGUUCCGGCUGGAGGAAGGCACCCGUCAGUCCUACCAGCUCACCUUCGGUACCAUCGACAACGACGGCUCCAAGAGCAUCGAUCUCUCAGAGCUCCUGCACUUCUACGGUCACCUCUCCCUUGCCCAGCCCGAGCUGAGGAACCUCCUCCUCCUCUGUGGGUACAACGAGCAGGCCAUCGAGCUCAUCCUCGGCCGUGCGGGGCUGCUGUCCAUGUCCGUCUCCUCCUUCUCCUCCGCUGGAUCCUUCGGCCAGCCGCAGGAUGAGAAGUCGAGGGCUCAGAGGAGGGAGGAGAUUCUGCGCAAGAAGCGGCGGGACGCGUACAUCAGGAGCAUAGGAGGAGAAGUGUCGGGGGUCUCGUCGCCGAGGGGAGCGAAGAAGCAGGAAGAGCAAGUUCCAGCAGCGAAGCCGCUGACGGCGCUGGAAGUGAUCGACUUGUUCCGUACGCUCGACCUCAACGGAGAUGGAGAGAUUACACAUGCGGAGUUUCUCAAGGGACUCAAGGCAAACCCGCUCAUCGGGGAGAAGCUCGGCAUGCCCUCAGACGUCAGGGCGGAGGACGGCACUCGAGACUCCUACCAGCUAACCUUCGGGAGGAUCGACAACGACGGGUCCAAGAGCAUCGACCUGACGGAGCUGUUGGGAUUUUAUGGCCACCUCUCCCUCGACCCGUCCGAGCUCAAGAGUCUGCUGUCGCUCUGCGGUUACGAUGAAGAGACCAUCGAGCUCAUCUUCGGGCGCGCUGGACUGAUCUCCAUGACCGUCUCCUCCGUCUCUUCCGACGAGCUCAUCGAAGCCGAGGAGACAACUGGCGAUCGUGCUGUCCUCAACAUCCCACGGGAGCAGAGGAAGGCAGAGCAGUUGAGAAAGAAGAAGCGCGACGAGUUCCUGCGCCGCAUGCAGAUGAAGACUGACAGCGGCGGCUCUGCCCAGCAGCCUCCCCUGCUGAUGAAAGAGCGAAUGCCCUCAGCUGGAACCCUCCUCAACUUCCCCGAGAAAUACUUCGGCGAUGACGUCGGGGGAGCUGGGAAGGGAGCAGGAGCAGGAGCAGGAGCAGGAACAGGAACAGGAGCAGGAGCAGGAACAGGAGCAGGAGCAACAGGAGGAAGAGGAGGAGGGGUGGGAGGAGGCGUUGGUGGAGGUCAGCUGGAGAAGAGGGAGAAAGGAGGGGGAGACAGGCUGUCCAAGGUCAGAGAAGACAACGAGUUGACACAGAGGGCCCUCCAGAACGUCAAACCCUCGUACAAGCGAGCUCUCCACCUCGACCCCUACAACGUCAACACUCUCUGCAACUACGGUUGGCUCCUCCACGACGUCAGGAGGGAUCACGAUGCCGCGGAGCAGCUGUACAAGCAGGCGCUUCGGAUCGACCCGAACCAUGUGAUGACCUUGUGCAACUACGGGGCUCUGCUGCACGAGUAUCUGCACGACGUGAAGGGCGACCUAAGGGAGGUGGAGGGCAUGUACCAGAAGGCCUUGAGAAUCGAUAAGAACCACGUGGACACGCUGAACAACUACGGGCUCCUCCUUCACAAGACCAAGUGUGACUUCGAUGGGGCCGAAGAAAUGUACCGAAGAGUCUUGCAGCUGGAUCCCAACCAAGUGGACACUCUCUGCUCCUACGCCCUCUUGCUGCGAGACGUGAGAAAAGACAUGCCGCAUGCCAAACAGCUCGUUCGACGUGCAAUGCAGCUUGACCCUGAGCACCCAUGGCUGCAGCAGAACGCUGAUGUGUUCCUGGCAUAG